AUGGUUUUUGAAAGAAUUAAGAAGGUUGAUGAAAUCAAUUCAAGCAUCCAUGAAAUGAUUCCAAAUAUCAAUGAAGUUGUUUUCGAAGUGGAAGAAAUUGUUCCAAAGGUGAAGACUUUCUUGGACAACACCAAUGGAAUCAUUGAAGCACUUCCAACCAAGAGGCAACUCGGACUUGAGGUGCUCGGAAUCGGCUUGAUUGUUGGUAUAGCUAUUUGGCUCUACAACGGGAAUGCUUUGGACAAGAAGGCAAGCAAGGAGAAGAAGGCAAACAAGGAUGAGAAGGCAAGCUAG